GCUUCCUUGACCAGAAAGCAGUGCCUCAGAUUAACCUGCUUGGUGCAUGAGAGAAAGCAUACAGUGGUGCCUCGCACAACGAAUGCCUCACACAACAAUAAAUUCACACAACGAUGGCUUUUUCUGAAAAAUUUGCCGCCUCACACAACAAUGUUUCCUAUGGGGUUCCGUCACAAUCAGUUUUUCUGCCCCACGUCACUGGGGAAGGAGCUGAUGUCCAAUAUUAUUGUUUUCUGUACUGCUUUUUCCAUUGGCAGUUUGUUCUAAAAUUAUUCCUGUUAUAUAGUUAACAGCCCAUUGGAAGAGAAGAUAAAUCUUCAAGAAGGCACACCUGUUUUUGUCCUGAGUUCAUUUCUGGAUUUACCUUCCAGAUUACUUCUCCAAAGACACAAUGUCCCGACGUAUACGCAAUAGCAGAGCCUGGCACUAUGUCCUCAGUGGAGUGCGGUAUGAUGGAGACUCACAAGCAGUAGCAUUGGCUUCUGGGCCCCAUGGAUGGUCGUACGAUUCUGAUGGACAGCACAGCGACUCUGAUUCAGAACUGGAAUAUCCUUCUCUGUUGCCUUCCAUACCCACAGCUGUUCCUGUGACUGGAGAGUCCUAUUGUAACUGCGAGAAUCAGAACGAAGCUCCCUACUGCUCCAGCCUCCAUACCAUCCAUCGAAUCAAAGACUGUCAGUGUGGAGAAGAAGAUGAAUAUUUCGACUGGGUGUGGGAUGAGUUGAACAAAUCGACGGCAACGCUCUUGACCUGUGACAACCGCAAGGUUAAUUUCCACAUGGACUACAGCUGUGGUACUGCUGCCAUUCGGGGCAACAAGGAGCUGGCGGAGGGGCAACACUUCUGGGAAAUCAAAAUGACUUCACCAGUCUAUGGCACUGAUAUGAUGGUGGGAAUUGGGACAUCAGAUGUGAAUCUGGACAAAUAUCGUCACACAUUUUGUAGCCUGCUGGGCAAAGAUGAAGAUAGCUGGGGACUUUCAUAUACAGGGCUCCUUCAUCACCAGGGAGACCGAACCAACUUCUCAACAAGAUUUGGCCAAGGGUCCAUCAUCGGGGUGCACCUGGACACGUGGCACGGGACUCUGACUUUUUUCAAAAACAGGAAAUGUAUAGGGGUGGCUGCCACCAAACUGCAGAACAAGAGAUUUUACCCCAUGGUGUGCUCGACGGCAGCCAAAAGCAGCAUGAAAGUCAUCCGUUCCUGCGCUACCCAUACUUCCCUGCAGUACCUCUGUUGUUAUCGCCUGCGCCAACUACUUCCUGAUUAUGUUGAUACCCUAGAGGUGUUACCUCUUCCCCCAGGACUCAAGCAAAUUCUGAACAACAAACUUGGUUGGGUGCUGAGCAUGAACUGGGGCUCACUUCAGUCAUCAUCAUCUACCUCUCCUGGAAGUGAUUCAGAUAGCUCUUGCAGUACAGAUGCUGAAGCGUGCCAACGGAAGAGAUGCAGGAGAACAUAAUUUUUAUUUUCCAGAGAUCUGUGUAGAUAUAUAUAUAUAUACACAUCUUGUAAAAUAAAGCUUUUCUUUCAUGUCCUUAUGAAGGUGGUUCAAGCUGACUUCAGUCAUAAUGACGGCAUUUCUGAAUGAAAAUAAUCCCUUCAUUGAAUCCUGGAACUUCUAAGCAUUUUCAGCUCUGAACAAAGUGUAGCCUCAGGAGGGAAACGGCUCCCACGAUCUGAUUUAUUGGUUGGCCUCCUGAUCAACUGCAGUAUGCAAAGUUUCGUGGAAGAAGCUAUUUGAAUGUCACACUUUGAGCAGCUAGAGAAGACAACACCGAACCCCAUGAACAUUUCUGAGAGGAAAACCGAGAAGCCAUCUAAGUGUACUGUAUUGGUUUGUCUAUGAUAUUUUGGAGCUUAGGGCCUGCAAUGUCAAGACAAAAGGGUUAUUACCUGUUGCCAUUUUGGGAACUCUUGGGAAAAGACGGCAUCACCUGCUGCCCCUGUUAUCUCAUCUCUUGCAAGCCCUGCCACUUCUUUCAUCGCUUUGCAUGUCUUACUCGGGAUUUUCCUAUACUGAACUGUAUGAAAAAGUAAUUAAAAGUACAAACCUGCGUUGAUUAUGAACGAAGAGGA